AUGGGUCAAUGUUGUUCCUCUAAAUCUUCUCUACGCAAAUCGAAUGGUACCAAUCGUCGUGCUACUACAGAGCCGCUUAUGGACACAUCACAGAAGGAUCCCGUCCCAGUAUAUGUAGAUGCACAUGAUUCCCCAAAGCCAUUGGAACUCAGUAAACAUAAUGAGGAUGCCUUAUUAAAGAAGGAAGUGGAGGAUUUUCUUAUUGACUCAACGGGUAGUAUGUCUAGUAAUUCCCUGCAUAAUAUGUUGGCAGAGGCAAAGAAAAUAAAGGAGACAAGUCAAGCUAAUGGAGAUGAUGAAAGUUCAGAUCUCAUGGAAACUUCAGAAGAUAAAUAUUAUGAUGAUGAAGAAGACAUAAUAGAGAAUACACUUAUUCCCUCCUUAGCUGGUAAGUUACCUCUACCAACAUCAGCGGAGAGUGAUGCCAACUUCUUCACCACCCGCAGUUUACUCGAUAACUCCUGUAGUAUCUCCUAUCGUCCCCCAAGCGGAUAUGCAUUAGAGCGAACCAAUAGUUUAGGUAUGGCCAGUGAACCCUUUCCCGCCAGUGAGGCCUUUAUCUCCUGUCGGAGUAUUUCUAAUAUUCCCUCUUCUUUGACGAGUGCCCGACCAACAAUAACAACAACAACAACAACCGCGGCUGCUGCGGGAUUAGGAAUUCCUCCUCCUCCUCCUCCAUCAUCACUUCCGUAUAUAUUGCCAAAGCCAUUAGCGUUAAAUCCACCACCUCCGGCUAGCAACACCGCAUCUGAACGGGCCUUUCAUCCUUGUCAGAGUCUCUUCACGGUGGGAACGGCAACUCCGCCGGUGAGUAGUCGUGAACGGAAACCACCCACACGUUCAGGGAAUAUAUUUUCACGUGCAAGCACACGGACAAGUAUUUCACGUCCAGUGAUCUCCGCACGUAAUGGGGGGAGUUUGAAUAAUCUCGCAAAAGGAGAAAACUCCAAAAAUGGAGGAAGAGUGAUACCAGUCAUGAAGGUAAUAGACGGUGAUGCUGUGUUACGAUCACAGUUAUCUACAAACACACCAGGAUCAUCUUCAUUACUCUUACAAGGGGAAAAUAAUUAUUUAUAUGAUAGACAAGAUACAAGUAUGGCAGGAAGUGCUCUUUUUCAUUCCUUCGCUACCGCAAGUGAUGAUUUUAUUCUUGCCGAUACACCAUUAAACUCAUUAACACCAGCCCCACCAGAACAGGAUAUUCCCUUAUCUGAACCCUCCUUACCUCCACCGCAAUCCCAAUCUCCUCCUCCACCACUCAUUCAACCAUUAUUAUCACAAAAACAACAAAAACAAUCAUCCUCUUCACAUCUCUCACAGGGUUCUUUCGCUGCAUCGGAUGCCGCACAUCCACAGCAAAAGAAAACAAAAACAACUGUCAGUACAAAUGGAUCUAUCGCAUCAUCAUCAUUAUCAUCAUCGUUCACAACUGAUAAAAAGAAAUCACCAGUAGUGAAGACUGUGAAAGAAUUCCCAGUAUGGAUGAAAGAUAAUAUGGGGGUAAAAGCAGUAAAACCUGUUUCGCAUACUUUACCAUCAUCACAAAUGAGUGGGAGAAGUUCUCUGCAAAGUGAUUCAGUAUUGUCAUUAUCAUCAAAGACACGUCCAAAGCGAAAUACAGAUACUCUUGCAAAGAAUACUAAUACUAAUAAUAAUAAUAAUAAUAAUAAUAAUAAUAAUAAUAAUAAUAAUAAUAAUAAUAAAGGUCCACAGAAGAAAACCAUGGGAAACACGGAACUACCAAAACAAGAAGAAAAUGUGAAGGAGGAGGACAAAGAGAAAGAGAGGGUAUUUUCGAGAUCAGGUCAUCGUGAUUCUUUGGUACCACUGCGUGAAGAAGAAGAAAAUGAAAAUAAUAUCCAUCAGCGAAACGAGAAGAAUGGGGAAAAUGAAGAAGCUGUGAACGCAGUAGAGUCAAAGAAGAAAUGCACUUCAGAUGGUACUGUGCCAUUAUCUUCCAGGGGAUCAAAGCGGAAUCUCAUGGAAAAUGAUUCCAACGAAGACGAACAUGAAAAUAAGAAGGAGAAGGAGCCAUUUAUGCAGGAGGAAAAAGAUGAAGAACUACUUGUUGAUAAAGUGAAUGUGAGGAACUCACCCAUACAGGAUGAGUAUGAUCAAGAGGAUUAUAAUGGUGAAAAUGAAGAUGAUGAACAUGAAGUGAAUAAUAAUAAUAAUAAUAAUAAUAAUAAUAAUAAUAAAGAAGAAGAGGAGGAUUCGUUAAUGCAGGAAGGGGAUGGGGAAGAUAACCGACAGAGUGAAGAUGCAGAAAGAGAAAAUAAAUAUGCCAAGAAAGAAAGUGAAAAGGAAAAGGAGAGAAGUGUGGACUCCUAUCGAACUGAUAGUAGUAAUAGCAGUAACAGUGGUAGUUAUAAUAAUGGAAGAAGCAGAAGAUCAAGUCAGUCCUCAACGAGAUCUUCAACUAAUAUAAAGAAUGGGGAAAUACACCCAGGUGAUAGUCUUAUCCCUUUUACCACGAGUGCCUUGGAUAAUAAUGAGAAGAAAGAAGACGAUAUGAAUACCAACAAUCGUAAGAAUAGUAUUAAUAAUAUGGAGAAUGGAAGUGCAAGCAUGAGUGGAGUAAAGGCGGAUGUGAGUGUUAGCAGUAAAGCCAACAAUAUCUCUAGUGACACUCGUGGGGAAACUUCCACCAGUGAACAGAAUGAGAAUGAGGAAAAAAUAGUUCUUUUGGCGUAA